AUGAUUCGCAAUAACUUCACAGGAAGUGGCGAUGAGUUCAUCUUCAUAGAUGAAACCAGCAAGAAUGAUCGUACUACCGCUCGUCACUAUGGCUAUGCGAUGUCUGGCGAGCGUGCAGACUAUCAGCAUGCCUUUGCCCAAGGGAUACGAUACUCUGUGGCAGCAGCAUUGUCCAAGCAGGGAUAUGUGGCUGCACGUGUGGUCGAAGGCUCAUUUGAUGCUCUCGAGUUUUAUGAUUUCAUUGUUGAGGAUGUGCUUCCACAGACAAACCCAUUUCCUGAUUCUCGGUCUGUUAUCGUGCUCGACAACUGCCGCAUACAUCACAAUGAUGCUCUUGCUGAUGUCAUUCAGGCCGCAGGCUGUAUGCUACUAUAUCUCCCACCGUACUCACCCGAUUUCAAUCCGAUUGAAGAAUCAUUCAGUACAUUCAAGCAACACAUCCGCCGUAACCGAUUUGAGAUCGAGGGUGCCGAAGACCCAGUUGCGGCAUUACUUGAAGCUUGCAGUAGCAUUACGGCGGAAAAGGCCGAAGCGUGGUUUGGUCAUGCUGGGUAUAUUAUAGCACACAAUGAAUAG